ACGCGUCAGACGCUCGAAUACGGGCAAGCAAGCCCCGCGAUUCCCUUUUUAAGAGAGAGAAAGAGGAGAGAGAAAGAGGUCCUGUUUUCUCUCUCGAGUCGGUAUCUGAUCCAGUUCCUACAGGGGAGAGAGAGAGGAGAAAGAAAUUUCCUGUUUUAUCAGUUGAGUAGAUCUCUGCGUCAGUUCCCACAAGAGAUACAGGAGAGAGAGGAAGGAUGUGUUGCGAUAGUGAGUGCAGGCCUUUGGGCUUCCUUUUGGGCCUACCCUUUGCUUUGCUUUCACUUCUGGUUUCCAUUGUCGGGAUCCUUGUAUGGAUCGUUGGGUUAGCAUUGACAUGCAUAUGCCCAUGUUGCCUUUGUGUGACGAUUUUGGUGGAAUUUGCUCUAGAACUGAUCAAAGCGCCCUUGCACGUCAUGGAGUGGUUCACCUCUCAAAUCCGCUGUUAAAACACCCACUCUUAUUGUCUCAUCCUUUUUAAUCAGUCGGUGUGAAGAUGUAGGAUUUUCCUGUGUGAAGAAGAUGUAGGGUUUUUUCUAUGAAUUUAUCUAUGUAGUGGGCAUUUAUUGGGUGUGAAUUUCUCUGUAGUCUUUUUGUAAAUUUCAUCUUCAUUUUAUGGAUUAAAUUUGAAAUUAACAUGGCUUUUGGUUUUUU